UUUCCCAAGUUUGUGCAUGUGAGGGAGUGGAGGAAAACUCAGAAGGAAGUGCCUUGGCCUCAACAACUCUUUUUUGGCUCCCAAAGCCUUUUUCUUCUGACCCGGCCGAGACUGUCACUCUAAGAGAAGACCCCCAAACUCAGAGAGAACCCCCACCGGCUGUCGGAGGCUGAAAGGGCCCUGGAAGUUUUUCUUGGUUCCUGUCUGUUCCAGCGGCCCCAGAGGCCCUGACACACCUCCAUGAAUCCCCGGAAGAAGGUGGACCUCAAACUCAUCAUCAUUGGAGCCCUGGGUGUAGGAAAGACUUCCCUCCUCCACCAAUAUGUGCACAAGACGUUUUAUGAGGACUACCAGACCACACUAGGGGCCAGCAUCCUCUCCAAGAUUAUUAUACUGGAUGACACAACUUUGAAGCUACAGAUCUGGGACACAGGCGGACAGGAGCGGUUCCGCUCCAUGGUGUCCACAUUCUACAAAGGCUCUGAUGGCUGCAUCCUGGCUUUUGAUGUCACCGACCUGGAAUCCUUUGAAGCUUUGGAAACCUGGAGGGGUGAUGUUCUGGCCAAAACCAUCCCAAUGGAGAAGUCCUACCCCAUGGUGGUGCUGGGGAACAAGAUCGAUCUGGCAGACCGGCAGGUGCCGCAGGAGGUAGCCCAAGGCUGGUGUAAAGAGAAGGAUAUUCCCUAUUUUGAAGUCAGUGCCAAGAAUGACAUCAAUGUGGUACAAGCCUUCGAGAUGCUGGCCAGUCGGGCUCUGUCGAGGUAUCGAAGCAUCUUGGAGAGUUACCUCACAGACUCCAUCAAGCUUUCACCAGAAGACCAGUCCAGGAGUCGAUGCUGCUGACCUUCCGGACUCCUGCUCUGUAGGCCUAAAGACAGAGCAUGCCUGGGGCCUGGUCAUCCCUGGUCAUCCCGGCCCCACCAGCCCCACCGCCUGCCCUGGCUCCACCCAGCACUCUAGGCUCUGCGGCCAGAGCCCUGAACCCCCUCGCAUCUGCACUGGGUUCAGACCUGGAGGGCAACCCUGCCACAGGCUGAGUUUAGUGACGACAGGGAGUCUGCAUGAAACCCAGAAUGUCACAGCCAAGUCCUGGAAGAGACACAAUUCUCUUGCUGUCUCCAGCUUUUCCUGCUACCUGCCCUCCCCAGACACACUCCUGCUCCAGGAGGCACAUCUCUGCAGACAAGCUGCUGUCUCUGGAGUCCUGUCAUAUUCUCCUGUGGCCUGGCCUUCCUCACCCCAUCCACCGCAUCCCCGCAAAGCCCCAGCACAGCUUUGGACAAGGGUGCCGCUCAGGCUCCCUCUGUAACUGGGACCAGGGAGUGAGGGUCUACCUCCACCCAUCAGCAGCUGUUCAGGCCCCGGACACCCCCGUCUGCCCCCUCCAGAGUGCAAGACAGAGGGAGCCCAGGAAAACCCACCAGGAACUGGCACAUUUCUCCCUGCUGGGGCUCAGGCUACCCCCAGAAAUCUCUCUGAGCCUCAGCUUGUUCGUCUGUCCAAUGGGGUGGCGUGUGCCCUGUCCACAUCAAAGUGCGGUUUUCAGGACCAGAAGCUCUAUUUAAAUCUCAGUUGCUCUUGUUGAGAUACAUUUACUAUUCUUUCAACAAGUAGUUUUGAGUAUCUACUAUGUACGAUGCCUUGAGGUCCAGUGACAAAUGUUACAAAGCCCUUGUUCUCCGGGACCGGACACUCUGAUGAGGGAGACAGGCAACAGACACAGAAUGUACGCAGAUAUUUGCAAAGAGCCAGUACGUGCUUGAACAAAGUGAAACAAGGUAAUGGGACAGAGAGGGACGGGGGUGGGUUUGGGUGCUAGUUCAGACAAAGUCAUCAAGGAGGGCUUCCCUGGGGAGGUGACAUUGGCCCGAAGGCUAAAGAAUGAGAAAGAUGCUGCCACCUGAACUCUGGACAAAGAGCAUUCUGAGGAGAUGGAGCAGCAGGGGCCAAGGCCCCAGGGCGAGGACCAGCUUGCUUUGUUACAGAAACAGUGAAAAGACAUUAAUUUAAAAGCUGCUGUGUCAGAGACAGGCAAAGGGGACCCCGCCCCCUGGAUGACUCCCUGAGUUUCUGCCAACUGGCCACCAGAGGGCAGCAGUGCUCCUUUCCCUCCAGGCCCGGCAGGCAGCACAAGUUCCUUGGGCACUUGAAGAACAGCGUUUUCCUGUGCUGAUGCUCAAAGCUGGCUCUCUGUCUCCGGGUAUUUUCAGCCCUUCGAGAUUUGUGGGGCAGGAGAAUCCCAAUUUCUUAAGCCUGGUGAGAGAUGGGCAAAAAGUGCAACAUCAAUGACUCAGGCCAGAAAUCUACGUCAGUGACAAAUACUGAGAGGGGCUGGGAGAAUUCAUGGUUCUCUGUCGCUGCAGACUCUAAGGUCAUAAGCUACUUUUUCUUCUGGUGACAGGCAGCGUAGACAGGGCCCAUUCUGAAGGGAGUGGGCAAGGUGGCCCCACAAGGUCUCCCAUGGCCACAUCCAUGCCCACCACAGACAUCUUCUGUCUACACAGACAUAUCCUUCCCUGAGCUCCAAGCAGAGCUGGGGAUGUUAGCCUAUCACUUCCAAGUGUCAUCCGACUCUGAAGAUGUGCAUAGAGGUAGGGGGGUGGCAGGUGGGGAGGUCAGCAAGAGAAUUUAGAGAACGCCUUCUCUCCACACAGCUGUGAAAUAAGAACUGCUCGUCCUGCGCAGCGGCAUGGGCCUAGCAUGGGAGCAGGUGGCCCGGAGCACACCUCUGUUUCUGUGUCCUUUGUGGGGGUGGCACUCUGCACAUCACACAGGCCCUCCUGGGACUCAGUCGGGCUGUGGAUUGGACAUGCGGUGUUUAUACAGCAGCUCAAGAACCACAAUUGACAUAGGGACCGUUCCAAAUGUGUGCAACAAAUAAUAAAUGUGUCUGUCUUUGUUUUAA